AUGGACUCGACACCAGUCUUGCACCAAGGAUGGGGCUACGGCCUCAUGAUCGGAUUGGGUGUUCUUUUUGCUGUGUUCAUGAUAAUCAUCACCUGGGCACUCAAGAGAUACAAUUAUGAGCUUCAGACAUCUGAGAUGUUCACGACAGCUGGGCGAUCACUAAAAUCGGGAUUGGUCGCCUCAUCGGUGCUGUCAACUUGGACAUGGGCCGCGACCUUGCUGCAGAGCACAGCGGUGGCAUACAAAUACGGUGUUUCAGGGCCCGUAUGGUAUGCUUCCGGAGCCACGGUCCAAAUCAUACUCUUUGCCACGCUCGCUAUUGAGCUGAAGAGACGCGCCCCCAACGCGCACACAUUCCUGGAAGUUGUCAAAGCUCGAUAUGGACCGGUCACACACGGAGUUUACGUUGUUUUCUGUUGCUUCUGCAACGUUCUGGUGACGGCAAUGCUCCUCACCGGGGGAUCUGCGGUCAUUCAAAACUUGACCGGUGCCCCCGUAGCUGCCUCCGUAUUUUUGUUCCCGAUUGGUGUGGUUGUCUACACUCUCUUCGGCGGCAUCAAGGCGACCUUCAUCACGGACUACAUCAACGGCCUGGUCAUUCUCAUCAUUAUUUUCAUCUUUGCAUUCACAGUCUACUCGACCAAUCAACUCCUAGGCUCUCCCGGGCGAGUAUGGGAAAUCCUCACUGAACUUGCGGCUGAGCGUCCCUUGGCUGGGAACUCUGGCGGGAGCUACUUGACAAUGCGCUCCCAAGGAGGCAGUAACCCUAUCGAUGCUCUUCCGGGCUAUGUCAUGGGCGGAAUCAGUUGGUUCGCCGUCCCCUGGCUGACUGCGACAACAAUGGGCCUUGCUGGCCUUGCUUUGGAAAAGUACGACAUUUGGCCGACGUACCCGAACCGUCUAGCCGCUGCGGACGUUGAUGCUGGAUUGGUACUACCCACCGCCGCCGUUGCCAUGCUUGGAAAGGGAGGAGCGGUUGCAACGCUCAUCCUGGCUUUCAUGGCUAUUAUGAGUACCUACUCAUCUGAACUCAUCUCAGUCUCGUCCAUCUGCACCUACGAUAUCUACAAGACCUACUUCAACCCGGCUGCGACCGGCAAGCAACUAAUGCGAAUCAACUACAUCGGUAUGGGCGCCUUUGCUCUGGUAAUGGCUGGCUUUGCGACCGGUCUCAACUACGUAGGCAUCUCCAUGGGGUACCUCUACCUAAUGAUGGGAGUUAUCAUCUCCUCCGCUGUCUUGCCAGCUGCCCUGACCCUGCUGUGGGACGGACAGUCCUGGGCUGCCGCGACCUUCAGCCCAAUCAUUGGAUUCGCUCUUUCAAUGACUGCAUGGCUCUUCACAACGAAGAUCAAGUAUGGCGAGCUCAGUGUCACCAACACAGGCGCUAAUGCGCCGAUGCUAGCGGGAAACUUGACAUCACUUCUUUCUCCAAUCGUCUUCAUCCCGCUUUUGACGUUUAUGCCGCCUUUCAAGCCCCAGCAGUAUGAUUGGCAGAGUAUGCUCAACAUACGUCAGGCUGACGAUCAUGAGCUCGUUGAUGCGGCUCAAGUGGAUGUUGAAAACUCGCCCGAAGAGAGGGCGAGGGCACUACAGAGCGAUCCUGAUGAGCAAGUCAAGCUCGAAAAGGCAGCGAAGACUGCCCGCUGGUUGACAGUUGGUGUGACACUUGUUCUGCUCAUUCUGUGGCCGAUGCCCUUGUAUGGCACAGGCUACGUCUUUGGUAAAUCUUUCUUCACUGGCUGGGUAGUCGUGGGCAUCACUUGGCUGUUUGCCUCCGUGGUCAUGGUCGUCUUCUUGCCGAUCUUUGAAUCCCGAAGCACGAUUAUUCGGACUACCCGCAUGGUGUUCAAGGACCUUUUUGGCAUAAGAGUAAGGGGUAAGCCCGUCAGCGAGGGUAUGUCGCCUGGCUCUGGGACCCCGCCUGAGAUCACGGAGAAGGCUACGGCCAAGACGUGA